CACUGCACACAUUUGCUGCCUGCCAGACCCCCUCCUCUCGGUCACGAUGACCCGCACCCUUUGCUUGAGCGUCCUCCUUCUGCUGCUGGCCCUCUCCUGUCCCACUGGUGCUGAACCUCGGCGGGCCGCGUCCCCUCAGCGCAGGACGGCUCGUGCACCAGCCGCCAAGGUGCGUUUGGCGGGCAACUCUGCGCGAGAACCGUACGAAGGGCGCGUGGAGGUGCUGCACAACAACACCUGGGGGACCGUCUGCGACGAUGAAGUGGACAUCAAGAUGGCCAACGUGGUGUGCCGAGAGCUGGGUUUCCAGAGUGGUGUAACGUGGGCACACAGCGCCAAGUAUGGAGAAGGAGCAGGCCCAAUAUGGAUGGAUAAUGUACGCUGUGAUGGCUCAGAGAAGUCCUUGAAGGACUGCAAACACAACGGUUGGGGGGUGAAUGACUGUAAACACUCUGAGGACUUGGGGGUGGUGUGCACCCCCGAGCGAUGGCUGAACCUGACAGCCAGUAGAGGCCACGCCCCUUCUGCUGCCAGGCCCCACGGCAGCCCUGCUGCUCAGUGGCAGGGCGCUGUGGCUACCCGUAGGCAUCCAGGAUAUGGCUAUCAUGGAAAUGGACAUCAAUCUGAGAUCCCCAGGUUCCAAAGACACCACCAGGGUCACAGUAAGGUGCAAAUCGAGGAGGUCCGUCUCCGUCCCAUCCUCAUGGCUACCAAGAGGAAGAGCCUAAUCGCAGAGGGUGUGGUGGAAGUGAAGCAUGCUGGGAGAUGGAGGCAGGUUUGCGACCUGGGUUGGAGUCUCAACAGCAGCCGAGUUGUGUGUGGGAUGCUCGGCUUUCCAGAGGCUACUCAGCACAAUUUAAAAACAUACAAGAAAAUAUGGGAUACCAAGGUUGCAGAUCCUUCAACAAGAUUGAGCAUCAUGUCAAAGAAGAAGGGAUUCUGGGUAGAAAAGGUUCACUGUCUGGGUACUGAGAACACCCUGUCGGAGUGCCUCGCUCAGCUGUCCAUCCCCCGUAGUCCCAGUCCUUGUAAGAACGGGAGACAUGCAGUGGUGAAGUGUGUGCCAGGACCCCAGUUUGCUCGCAUCUCCUCAGGAAGACCCCAGGCCCCCUAUCCAGUUGUGCCCGUGCGUCUGAAGGCCGGCCCCAGGCUGGGCGAGGGUCGCGUGGAGGUGCUCCGAGACGGGAAGUGGGGGACCAUCGUGGACCACAUGUGGGAAAGACCUGCAGCCAGUGUGGUGUGCAGAGAACUGGGCUUUGGUACUGCAAAGGAUGCCCUGCAUGGAGCCUUCAUGGGUCAAGGUACCGGACCUAUCCAUAUGAACAGUGUCCAGUGCAUGGGGUCAGAGAGCUCCAUCCUAGACUGCUACUUCCAGGAAGUCCAACCGUGGACAUUCAAACACAGCCAGGACGCCUCAGUGCGCUGUAACAUUCCUAAAACCGGAAUGGAGAACACGGUGCGACUUGUUGGAGGUAGAGUCCCAUCAGAAGGCCAUGUGGAGGUGUUGAUGGAGGUUGGGGGUCGUAAGCGCUGGGGCUCUGUCUGCAGUGAGAACUGGGGCAUCAACGAGGCCAUGGUGUUAUGCAGACAGCUCGGCCUGGGCUUUGCUGCCAGUGCUCAUCAGGAGACCUGGUACUGGCCCGGUGACCCAAAUGCAGCUGAAGUGAUUCUCAGUGGGACUCACUGUGUGGGCACAGAGCUUUCUAUUCAACAGUGUCGCCGCAACAACCACGUUCAUUGUCCUCGAGGAGGUGGAACUAAGGCCGCCGGAGUCAGCUGUUCAGACACGGCACCUGACCUCGUUCUGGACGCCCAGCUGGUCCAGGAGACAGCCUACCUGGAGGACCGACCCCUCCACCUGCUGAGCUGUGCCAAUGAGGAGAACUGUCUGUCCUCGUCUGCUGCCAGGAUGAACUGGCCUUACGGUCACAGACGCCUGCUGCGCUUCUCCUCCCGCAUUAUGAACUUGGGUCGAUCCGAUUUCAGACCAAAAUCAACAAGAGAGAGCUGGACAUGGCACCAGUGUCACAGGCACUACCACAGCAUCGAGGUGUUCACACAUUACGACCUGCUGACUCUGAAUGGAACGAGAGUUGCAGAGGGACACAAGGCCAGUUUCUGUCUCGAGGACACGUAUUGCCCUGACGGACUCCAGAAGCGGUUCUCCUGCUAUAAUAUGGGUGAUCAGGGUAUCUCUGUGGGAUGCUGGGAUACGUAUCGCCAUGAUAUCGACUGUCAGUGGGUCGACGUAACGGAUGUACGACCAGGAGACUACAUCUUCCAGGUGGAAGUCAACCCCUCGAUGGACAUGGCGGAGUCUGACUUUAUGAACAAUGUCAUGAGAUGUCGGUGCAAAUACGAUGGCCACAGAGCUUACAUGUAUGGAUGUCAUGCAGGUGAUGCAUACAGUGCAGAGAUUGAGGACCUGUUUGAGCACCAGAGGCAAAUCACCAACAACUUUGUGUAGCCGACCCCGGGGCCCUGUGCAGAGGCCUUCCAAUGGGGCCCAGAGACGAAUCAGGGUAGGCUGAGGUCGAUGGCCCCAGGCCCUUGGGACCAUAGGACCCACAACAUACCGACAACAUACAAAAUGGCGCCUGAUCACCUCCUCGGCAGAUGUGGAUACAAUAUUCAUAAGCGCAUCAUAUCACAGCAAGCGACCAUUGUAGAGACUCCAUUGACAACAAGAGGGGAACAGUUGCCAGACGGCUCAACAUGCUUUUUACUCUAGUUAAGCAAGAAGAUUUUGGAUAUUGAUUCAUACUAUACAGAUGUUUGUGAAUGUGGACGACUAACUAGUUAUUCAAAACAUUUACGCAUUAAUGACCUUAAUGUCGCUAUAACUAAUCUGUCACAAAGACAACGGGGAAGACGGUGCUAUUGGGAAAUCUUAUUCCCAAUCUAGAAGAUAAGAAAAUCUGAGAAAGAAAAUUAUAAUUUUGUGAGUUUGUGUAAUUUCAGUUGCAAAAGGCUGAUUUAAUGCACAUCAACGCAAAAGUACUAUAAUUUAAUAAUUUGCUCUGUUGGCAUUAAUUUACCCAAAUUGUUGAAUUUUGUAACUGUUGACCUUUUACAUUACUCCAAUAUUGUUGCUCUUUAACAAUAGUGUAUGUUGUUAUAUUAACCUCACUACAUUUCAGGUGAACAGUGUUGUACAAUGCAUUGAGGUAGUUUUCUUUCACAGUUAAUUAGGUAUUUUAUUAUUGCUUUGGUUUUAACAAAACCAUUGUUUUAUGAAAGUGUAGUUAUGCUACGAUGUUUUGCUUCUCAUCUAGAUUAGAACAGAUCAAAUUAUUGUUUUGUACAGAGCACUUUAUCUUUUAAACAUCAGUAUUCUAGUUUUGCCCCCAUAUUCUUAUUUAUAUAUAUCUUUUUUAUUUUUUAUUAGCCACCAAAAUCAAUUCUUAGGGUGUUUAUCUAAAAACUAUCACAUUUCAGAAAGUUAAAUACAAGUUUUUUUUAUUUUCAUAUCCAAUGUAUUAUUUAUGCUGCAACUUUAUUUAUUCAUGGUUUCACACAUACACAGCAUGCUCAGUAAAGAGUUUGUCAGCUUGCGCUUAAUUAACAAUACUGAAUAUUAUUAGUUUUUUAUGAUGAUUUCAUACAGGACAUAGUAUUAUAACGUUCCCACGAAUCAUAUGAAUACUUGUUAAUUUAUUUUUGUUAUUAAAACAACUGUAACUGUAGAGUUUUUCUCUUCCAGACUCUUUGAUGGGAGGAAAAAACCGCGUGACAAAACAAAAGUAUUGUGGCGGGCUGGGCUUUGAGAACAUAUAAAAAAACUUUUUAUUACGUCUGUUUGGGUUGGACAUACGAUUACAGUUAAGGUUCAGACUAUAGUAUGUGCUUCAUAAAGAAACACUAUGGAAUGGUUACUUCAGAAAGAACGAGAAUCUGGAUUUCCAUCUUUACACAAACUACAAUAAAUAUUCUGAGAGAUUUAGUGAGGGAGACGGUGAUUGAAAGAAAGAUUGAGAUAGUUAAACAGAAAGAGACAAAGGGAUGAACUUUGGAGAAAGAAUUAUGCAGACAGACACUUUUUACUACCAGAGCUGCCUUUUUGUAGGCAGCUGUACGGAGACCACAAGCCGACAUUUUCAGCUCCCCGACGAGAACAACAUGUUUGUCUGGGAGAAAAAAAUAAACUCCUAAAUUCACGCUCCAACACAGUUAAGAGGGGCCUUAUUUUUACUAAAGCUGGGCCUGCUAAAAUAUACUGCAUCCCUCCACACUUUGCUAACGCGUUAGCUCCACACCAAACAAUGAUGCGACUCCGUUGUCUUUACAACAUGGAACUUGUGUUAAUCACGUUGUUUUACCCCAUUAAUGUGUUUGAUGUGUUUGGCUCAAUGUCUUAGUGGUUAAACCCGUUUAGAUGGUUUUCUAAUGGACAGUUUCCAGGACACAUUGUGGAAAGGACUAGUCACAAAGUCAUAAAGACAACUGCAGGCUAAAUUACUUUAGCACAUUGUCUUCCUUCUCACUUGGCCUUGAUGACUCUUAGAAUAUUUUGUUAUAAUCAUGCACAAACACAGUCCUAUUACUUCAAACGGUUGGACACACUAAUGUGAGAAGAUGCAUCUGAAAUUCUAAAAUGAGUGUUUGUUGAGAUGCUUUUUUUCAUUUGUUUGCUUGUGUACAGUGGGUCUUGACAUAUUACGGUCUGUUCUGUGUGUUAUUUAACAUUAUAUGCCAUUCCAUAUCUUAAGUUGGUUCAUAUUAACCACUCUCAUCAUAUUACUGUAUUGUAUCCAUGCUAUAGGCAUAGCACUGGGACAUUGUUUUCCAUGGCCAGUUAUGCUUUUUUAUUUUUUCAUUAAAGCUGAGAGUGUGAGCUACAAGGUGCUUAUCUACAAUCAUAUUUAUAGAAAGCAGUGCUCUCAGGGACUUUAACCUCAUCAAAAGAUAACACAAAUAAUAUUUCAUAUGAUGUGAUAUAGGUUGCUCAAAAGUAAUCUGUGCCUACAUGUGUAUGGAGGAGCGUGAGGAUAACUGUGGAUAGACACUGGCUGAGUCAGAGGCAAAUUUCAGUGAAAGACCAAAUCACAAUCCAUUCAUUCAUCAUUACUGUGAAUCAAUAAAACGUUAUCACAUACUA